AUGGCUCGGCAGUUUAUUUUUGUAAGUUAAACUUUGAUUUUCUUCUUCUGGCUAAAACGGAAAAUAGUGACCACUAUAGAGGCGGGUUUUUUUAGUGGCCACUUUAGUGUCCUCUCCAAGUACUAUAGAAGUGGCCACUAUAGAGGCUCGCCAAGGACUAAUUGGAGAGAACACUAAAGUGGCCAAUUGGACCAGUUAUGUUGAUCCAUAAACUCCUAAAGUGGCCACUAAAAUUUUUAGUGGUUAAUUAGUAGCACUUAGACCUCUAUAGUGGCCACUAACUUUUAACCCCUUAAGUGGUCACUAAUUCGACUACUAUAGCGGCCACUAAACGUCAAAACCCUAUAGUGGCCACUAAAAAAAUUUUUUUCCAGUAUGUAUACUAUAUAUUAAAUGAACAUCUAACUUUAGGAAAAAAAGUUGCCGAUUUUUGACAGACGUUUUUUUGGGACGUCCGUCUUUAUAUCAAUGAAAGGUGAGAAUAUAAUUUUUUUAAUUUUUUUAAUUUUUCUUUUUAAUUUUUUUACAUUUAUAUGCCUUAGAUACGGUGCAAUAGAUCGGGACACGUUGGAAGUCUAAAUCGACUUUUUAAUACAUCGAGGAAAUUAAUGUUUUCCGCGUCAAUUAGGUGUGCAAAACCUCUAAAUCUCUUUGCUUUCUUUGAUAACAACUUUGGAAAAUUAUUAUCACUGGUGAGUUUGAGACGUGUUCUGGAAUAAUCAAAAAUAUUUUGCGAUCCAACAAUUCUUAUUUCAGAAGUUAACUAAGUAUGUUUCGUUUCAUAAUUGUCAAAAAUAAAUUAUUAAUAUUUGACUAAUAGUUACAAGAAUUUAUACAUAAACAUUAAAUAUCGUAUUUAGCGCUUCUCGAAAGACGCAUUUCUGUUGGGACUGAGAAGACAAAUCGGAGCUGCUUCAGUUCUCGCUGACGUCACUCAUCUCAGUAUUUUUUAAAUAUAUUUUUUGAACUUUUUUAAAUUCUUUUAUUUCGGUUCAUGACUUUUAAUAAUUGUUUUAUAGGUCCAGAGGCAAACGAGGAUAAAGCUGCACCGUUAUUGCGCAUAGAGAAAAAUCUGGAUCGACUUUAUGAAGCAAUUACGCCGGAAACUUCGCUUCGCGGUUCUGACACUGACUCCAACUGA